UAGAAGAAUGAGAGGUGAGAUUGCUGAAAUCUCUCCCCUCACCUGAGGUGUAGGUUAAACCCACUGCCAGUCAUCUCUCCCCAUUGAGAGAGCAGCCCUAUGGGACUGUAACUACCCAAUAUGUUGUAAAGUCUGUAUUUUGAACGGUGGACUGAAAUGGAAAAAAAAAUCUAUCACUGAAAAGAAACUACAUUCAGAAAAAUCUGCCAUGCUUUUUGUCAAAUCUCAUCUAAAAGACAGACAUGUUGGGGAACUUUGUGUACUUAGUUCAGACUGAUCAUAGACCAUAGAACUGUACAGCAGAGAAACAGGCCCUUUGGCCCACAGUGUUGUGCUGAACAAAAUGCCAAAUUAAUUUAAUCCCUUCUGACUGCCCUUGGUCCAUAUCUUGCCAUUCCUUGAAUAUUCGUGUGCUAAAUGUCCCUUAUACGCCCCCAUCAUAGCUGCCUCCGCCACAACCUCUGGCAGCAUUUUCCAGGCUCCUACUCUGUAAAACAUUUGCUCCUCACAAGUCCUUUGAACUUUCCUCUGCUCACCUUGCAUGUCUCCCAAGUAACUGACAUUUCAAUUCUGGGAAAAAUAUUCUGACUGUCAACCCUUUCCAUGCUCUUAUAAUUUUAUAGACCUUUAUCAAGCCUCCCCUCCAGAGAAAACAGCGUGGGUUUUUCUAGAGAUAACAAGGUGUAGAGCUGGAUGAACACAGCAGGCCAAGCAGCAUCAGAGGAGCAGGAAAGCUGACAUUUCGGGCUUAGGCCCUUAUUCAGAAAUGAGUAUUUCUAGUCUCUCCUUAUAGCUCAUACCCUCUAAUCUAGGCAGCAUCCUGGUAAACCUCUCGUGCUGAGCACCCUCUCCAAAGCCUCCACAUCCCUCCUGUAAAAUGGUGACCAGGACUGAAUGCAAUACUCUAAAUGUUGUCUAACCAAAGUCUUAUAAAUCUGCAACAUUACAGCCUGACUCUCCGACUCAAUUCCCCAACUAAUAAAGAACAGGAUUUCCUGAUGGGUCAUUCGAAGCCAGGAGGAUGCCCCACCAAAGAAGCCCCUGAUGGGGGCUGGGGCUGGAUAGUGCUGAUUGGUUGCUUCAUGAUCACCGGAUUCUCCUACGCCUUCCCAAAAGCCGUCAGUGUUUACUUCAAGGAGCUGAUGCAUGAUUUCCACAUUGGCUACAGUGAUACGGCUUGGAUUUCCUCCAUUAUCCUGGCCAUGCUGUACGGCACAGGGCCCUUGUGCAGCAUCGUGGUGAAUCGCUUCAGCUGCCGUCCUGUCAUGUUGAUCGGAGGUUUACUGGCCUCCUCUGGAAUGAUACUGGCAUCUUUCUCCGUAAAUAUCACGCAGCUGUACCUGACUGCUGGGGUGAUUACAGGUCUUGGACUCGCUCUGAAUUUCCAACCAUCACUCAUAAUGCUGGGCAGGUAUUUUGAUAAAAAGAGGCCAUUAGCUAAUGGGCUAGCAGCAGCUGGGAGCCCAGUGUUCCUAAGUGCCUUGUCCCCAUUCGGCCAGGUCCUGCUGGAUUAUUAUGGCUGGAGAGGGGGCUUCCUCAUCAUGGGGGGGUUGUUACUCAACUGUUGUACAUGUGGAGCUGUGAUGAGGCCCCUCGAGAGUCUGAAGCAGAACAGCAAAAACAAGUCGGAGGCCAAGGAGAUGCUCCCCACGACCAGCUUGGAGCUGGAGAAUUGUCAACAGGCAGUGACCAGAAACAGCACCAAGGACGGUGGCAGGAAGUCAGGAACAAACAAAAGAAGUUGGAAACUCCUAGAUUUCAGUGUAUUCCAGAAUCGAAGCUUUGUCAUCUACACUAUCUCCAAGUUCAUCCUGGUCCUAGGCCUCUUUGUACCUCCCAUCAUGAUUGUUAACUAUGCCAAAGACAUAGGUGUCCCAGACACUGAAGCUGCCUUCCUGCUGUCUAUCAUUGGCUUCAUUGACAUCUUUGCUCGGCCAUUGAGUGGUGUCGUGGCUGGACUGGAUUUGGUGCGGCCUCGAGUUGCUUAUUUUUUCAGUUUCUCCAUGUUGUGUAAUGGUCUGACCGAUGUGCUGAGUGCCAGGGCUGCCACCUACACUGGGCUGGUGGCUUUCUGCAUUUUCUUCGGGGUGACCUAUGGGAUGGUCGGAGCUCUGCAGUUCGAGGUGCUCAUGGACAUUGUCGGCUCCCAGAAAUUCCCAAGUGCCAUCGGCUUGUUGCUGCUCAUCGAGGCCUUUGCAGUGCUCAUUGGACCCCCCUCAGCAGGGCACUUGGUAGAUGCUUUCAAAAACUACAAGCUCAUCUUCUACAUGGCAGGCUCGGAGCUUAUUCUUUCAGCUGUCUUUCUGUUUGGAGCUUUCUACCUCUGCCUCAAACACAACCAGCCCAAGAACAGGAAGGGUCGGCAGCAAGCGGAGGAUGUGGAAGGUGAAACUGUGGCAAUGGGCGAGAGCAGCACAGUGCAGGACUACACAGGGGAUCUCUAUGAGAGCCCAUUGGACGUAGGAUCCCUGGAGCAGAGCCUGAGCAGAGUUCAGAAGGACCAAAGGGAUGACAGUAAUGUGACAGGUGCAGACAGUGGAGGUACAGAGUGUUUUGAGCAACAUGAAAAGACAAGCUCAUAAAUAAAAGCUCAAGACAAAAUAGGCAAGACUACCUCGGCCACUACCAGGGACAGGCUACAAAUUGGUGCAAAUAAUACAACUGAGGAAAACUAAUGGAGAAACAAAGGCUAGUUCUCUUCAUUCACCCAACUUCCAUCCCAUCCAUCUUCCUCACAUCUUCUUCAGUUUUCUGUUUCUCUCCCCGACUCAGUCAUUCAUGAGGGUGGGACUCAUGAGAAAGUGCCUUCUAACCUCUCAAUCUCAAAUAAAUUUCCCAUUCACUAGUAAGUCCCUUGUCUCACCUUUCCUUUGAAACCUGCUACUGCCUGUCCAAUUACCCCAGUUUUCAAUGCCCCCCUUCCUCACCUUCCUACUUUCAGUCCCUGCUGCUGCCUUGGGUGGCUAUGUUGCCUGUCUGAUUACCCCAGUGUGCAAUGCCCCCCUUCCUCACCUGUCCACUUUCAGUCCCUUCCCUCUCCUGUCCCACAUCUCUUUUCCCUUCAUUAAUUUCUCUUUCUUGCCUCAUUUGCAUCCUCGCUGUAGUUUCCCCAUCUCUUCAUGGCAUCUUUUUCCUCUCCGCCUUCCUUGUUCCUCCCUCAUUUGCUUCCCCUCUUUUGUACCACCUCCCUCCCAUCUUUACUCUUGCUUUCUCUUCUUUCUCCUGCACUUUAUCUUGCUUUUUCCUUCCAACUCUCCUGUUCACCCUCCCUCUCAUUUGCCCCUCAGCUCCUGGCUUUUCACCAUGGCCUCAUGCUCUUUCAAAUUCUCUCAAUUCCAUCUCUCUCAACUUCCCCUGCACUCCCCCCAGCACUUUACCUUCCUUCUGGAUCCCUCACAUAUUGGUCUUCAAUCUAUCAGUUUCACAUCGAUACACAUGGCCCUCACCGCAACGUUAUAGCUUUGAGUUAGAGAGUCCAACUGGUGGAAUUUGUCAGUGAUGUUUUACAAUAAAUAGUUGGAGAGAAAAGAAAUAAAAUUGCAUCAGAAACAA